AUUCAAAAAUUAUUAUGAAAAUGCCCAUGACUAUUUAAAUAUAAUUACUGGAGAAGAUUUAAUUGAUAUCAAAUUUCCAUCAAUUACAAAAACACAAAUAUUUCCUAAAAUUGUUGAUCAAUUUAUGUUUGUAAUAAAUGAAAAUGAAUUGCAAAUUAAAGAAAUUAUUAAACUGGAUUUCUGUCUCCCUCCUCCUCAAUAUAUAAAUUAUUCAAUAAAAGAAUUUAAAAAAAUACCAGGUUUUAGAAAAGAUGCCAAUAUUCCUCAUCAAAACGCAACUUUAGAUUGUGGAAUAAUUGUCUUAAAUUAUAUUGAACAAGAAAUUGGGAUAAGCAAUCAAUCAUGGAGUAUGAAACAAUCUGAUUAUUUUAGAAUUAGAUAUUUAUGCCUAACUCUAAAUUGCAACCCAGAAGAAUUUGGUUUUCCACAAGACUACAUUAGUUAUAAUGAUGGUGGCAAAACCUCUAAUAAUCUUUGCUAUGAUGAUUAUGAUAAUUCAAUGGAUUCUGAUCA